GCCUUCAUUGCAUUGUGGGUGUCAGUACAAAGUGACGCCAUAUUUGCCGGUGCCGCCGCUGUAAACAACAAAAAGUGUCUGAGGGAGACAGACAAGAGACGCUUCAGUGGAUUUCAGGACAUUUUAUUUGUUGUUGUGGGUGAAUUGCUCUCCUCUCGGCAGUCAUCAUGUCUCUGGGAAUGUCUUACAAGCCAAACCUGAACGCGCAGCUCCCCGCCAACCCCGGGGCUCAGGCUGGAAGUGCCCAUUCCCCUUCUACUAGCCUGGCAUCAUCUGCACAAUACAGGCACCUCGUGAAUGACUAUGGACCUCCAUCUUUGGGAUACACCCAGGGUAACAGCAGUAAUCAGGUACCGCAAAGCAAGUAUGCAGAACUUCUUGUCAUCAUAGAAGAGCUGGGUAAAGAAAUUAGACCAACCUACGCAGGCAGUAAAAGUGCAAUGGAGAGACUAAAAAGAGGUAUCAUCCACGCAAGAGGCUUAGUACGAGAAUGUUUGGCUGAAACAGAACGGAACGCCAGGUCAUAGCUGUGCCAUAUGACAUCCCUCUGAAGCGUACAGUUUCCUUUAUUGAAAUCUUCAGGGCCGUUUUUCUAAAUAUUUAGCCAGAGGGAUUUCUCCCUCUAACGUACUGUAAAGCUGCUGAACACAAGCUAACGUUUUUAAAAAUUAACAGAAUUUCCACUGGGGUAAAAAAAAAAUAAUAAUAAUAAUAAAAAAAAAAGUAUUACUGGCUAUUUGAAACUAUUUAAAGUCCAUGGAAAUUCACACAUUAUAUCAUGAGCUACAGUAUACAUUUGUUUUAGUUUCUUGAGUUGUAUGCUAAAUAAUUUUAAGAACAAUGCACGUUUUUGUUUUGACACUUGGUUUGCAUUUGUAAAUGUCUUUCAUAAAACUUUUUUUUUAAUUCGUUUCCUACCCCUAAGUGUAUUUCUCUCCAAAUCUUGCUAUCUAGGAGAAACUUUUUGGGUAAAAUGUGUGAAAUAUCACCCAUAGCUACCUGCAAAUUGUGCUAGUGGGUUUCCGUUUUCUGGAAUUAUAUAGGACUUUAAAUGGCAAUCGGUAAGCGUUUGGAGGGGUAUUUGAUUAUUACCUAUGCAUUUGCAUGUAUAAAACAUUUUGGAACCCAUACAUGAAGUUUGGAACAUGCAUGAUGUAUGUAAAGAGAGGACUCUUACUUUUCUAUAGACAGAUCUAUGUCAGUUAUAAUUGCAAAUAAUAAAAUAAUAUUCAUUUUGGGCUGUACGUAUAGGUGGGCAUGGGGGGAAAAAAAAAAUCAGUGGAAACUAUUUGCAUCUUUGUAUGUAUUUAUUACUUGAUGUAAUAAAGCUUAUUUUCACUAAGAAA